AUGUACAAAAACAAUUUAAAUGGUUCAAUCCCUACGUCUUUAACCAAUUUGACUAGCCUAGCCAACCUUUGGCUAUACAUAAAUCAACUUUCUGGCAACAUACCUCAAGAAAUUGGUAGCUUAAGGACUCUUACUAGCGUAUCUUUAUACACAAACAAUCUAAUUGGUUCAAUCCCUGCUUCUUUAAUAAAUUUGACUAGCCUGGACACUCUUUACCUACAUGAAAACCAGCUUUCUGGCAUCAUACCGCUAGAUAUUGGUAGGGUAACGUCUCUUACCAGGUUAUAUUUAUAUAAGAAUAAUCUAAUUGGUUCAAUCCCUGCAUCUUUAACAAAUUUGACUAGCCUGGACACUCUUUACCUAUAUGAAAACCAGCUUUCUGGCAUCAUACCUUUAGAAAUUGGUAGGCUAAGGUCUCUUACAGGUUUGUCUUUGUUUGCAAACAACAUCACCGGUUCAUUACCAACAGGAAUAAACAAUCUAACAGAGUUGGAAAUAUUAUAUUUGAGCGAAAACAAGCUCACUGGUGCAAUCCCUGCUUCUUUCGGUAAUUCGACCAAUUUAAGAGAAUUAAGUCUUUCUAACAAUCUCUUAACUGGGUCAUUACCAAUAGCGUUGGGCAAUCUAGCCAACUUGGCAUUACUAGGUUUGGAUAGUAACUCUCUUUCGGGGAUUAUACCUACUAAUAUAUGGCAGUGCACCAAUCUUACAUAUUUGAAUCUUGGCACCAACAAUCUCACUGGAAAUAUACAAAACCGGAUUGAAACAGUUGGAGAAUUGAGAUAUCUUUUAUUAAAUGAAAACAAUCUUAGUGGUACUCUUCCUAAAUCCAUCGGUAAGCUUAAAUACUUGAAAGUUCUCGACUUCGCAAAUAACAAGUUGGAAGGGAAUAUACCCGCCGAACUUUCUUUGUUACAUGACCUUCAGAUACUUUCUUUAAGGUCCAACAAGUUCAAUGGGUCAAUCCUUGAGGAUAUGAAUCAUUUGCGUCAGCUUCGUAUUUUGGACUUAUCACAAAACAGUCUCACAGGUCUGAUUCCUAGCAGCAUAGGGAACCUGAAGAAGCUAAUAAGCAGAUUUAAUGACACGUUCUCAAUUGAAGGUGAUGCCUGGAUGUCCGUACGAUUGAAGAUGAUGAUCAAAGGGAACAAAAUCGAGUUUGUGUUAUUAUACAGCUAUGCCUCAUCUAUCGAUUUAUCGUGCAAUAAUCUUGAAGGAAAAAUUCCAAAAGAAAUAACUUUACUGAAAGGACUUUAUUUGCUUAAUUUGUCACACAAUCAUUUGUCAGGUGAUAUCCCUCUAACUCUCGGGGACAUGUCUGCUCUAGAGUCUUUGGAUUUAAGUUGGAAUAUAUUGUCCGGACAUAUCCCACAAUCUUUGACAUCGAUAGACUCUCUUGGAUUUCUUAACUUAUCUUACAAUAAGUUGAGCGGAAAGAUUCCAAGGGGAGAUCACUUUGAGACGUUGAGUUUGGGUGGUUCAGCUUUCUUUGGGAAUGAUUUAUUGUGUGGUUUCCCUACAGAAAAAGUUUGCGAGGGUGGCCGUAAUACUAGUGCUGGUGAUACUAAUCAAAUAACUGAAGUUGAAGAAGAUCAAGACGAUGCACAUGAGAUAUUGUUGUUUUACGGUGUUAGUGCUUUGGGAUUUGUAGUUGGAUUUUGGGGUUUGUUCAUUGUUUUGCUUCUGAAAAAAGAGAAAUGGUGGUUUGGGUAUUGGAGAAUUAUUGAUUCCGUUGUCAUCAGAAUAAUCAGUUGUGUUCACAAAAGUUUAUAA